CCUUGGAGUGCUGGAAGCAUCUGGCCAUCUUUGCCAGGCUAUAACCGAGAGGCCCCAGCAGAGAAUUGGGAGGAGGAGGGAGAACAAAGACAGCUGCAAGAGGUGGCCGUGUCCCCCAGCCUUGUCUCCACAGGAAGGGAUCUGCUGGGUUUUGUAAGGCGGAACUUUUGACCAGAACAGGAGCAUCUGGAGGCCUUCGGCUUUCUGUUUGGUUCUGCAGGGAGACUGUUCUCUAUGUAAAGGAAACCCUCAACUCCCACGGGAUCUAGAACAGGCCCAGAUGCCUUCCUUCCUGUAUCCCUUCCGGUGACUCCCAGCAGCCUCCUUCUGACUCAUUAAUUACUUUUAGGGGAAAGAAAAUCUGCAGAGCCAGGCUACUAUGGUGGUGCUGCUGCUGCUGCUAAUGGCCGGCUGUUUGUGGCCUUUUCAACUCCUAAUUGGAGAGUCCUGUGGAGGGUUUGCAAAUCAGAUUGGUUAGGGAGGCUUUUUCUCAUGGCAAGGCAUGUUUCUGUAAAGGACAAUCACUUGGCAUGUUUUUCUUAAAAACACUUGUUGAUCAGGAGAUGCAACGAUUGCGAUGGGGCCAUCUGCAAAUGCAUGAUGGAAAACUCUGAAAUAUUUGGCUGAGCCGGAUGGGGUCUUUGAAUGGACAGAGUCCCCAGUGUUACUUGUGAGGAGGCCCCUCUCCAAAGGAGAGCUGCAGAUGGGGGUCCUCAGCCACCAGCUGGCUUCUCUGCGCUGGGAGGGGCAAGCCCAGGUUUAUUGCAAUGUAAUGAAAGGCUUUGCAGGUAAUCAUCACAGUGACGACCCUUUGUUGUUAGUUUCAAAGUCGUGCCUGACCCAUCGCAACCCCAUGGACAACGUUCCUCCAGGCCUUCCUGUUUUCUACCAUCCUCUGGAGUCCAUCAUUUAAGCUCACACCGACUGCUUCAGUGACUCCAUCCAGCCACCUCGUUCUCAGUCAUCCCCUUCUUCUUUUGCCCUCCAUCAUUCCCAGCAUUCGGCUCUUCUCCAGGGAGUCCUUCCUUCUCCUUAGGUGGCCAAAAGAUUUGAGUUUCCUCUUCAGGAUCUGGCCUUCUAAAGAGCAAUCAGGGUUGAUCUCCUCUAGGACUGACCGGUUGGAUCGCCUUGCAGUCCAAGGGCCUCGCAGGAGUCUUCUCCAACACCAGAGUUCAAAGGCCUCCAUUCUUUGGCGCUAGGCCUUCCUUAUGGUCCAACCAGAGUUCAAAGGCCUCAAUUCUUUGCUUCACUCGCAUCAAGAGAUCAUCAAUCAAUGACCCUAGCGAAGUUAAAUCCCCCCCCCACAAUUGUCUGAUACUUAAGACAAGGAGAUACCUGAGGAAGCCAGGGAUGAUGCAGGAUCUUCACCCUGAGCCUGAAAUGCCCUCCAGCUGUUGGAAAGGGGGGGGGGCAAUUCUUGCAAUAAAACGAAUGCCAUUAGACUGGGCUCGUCCUUUUAUUCCAUCCUUUGCAAAUCCACUUCCUCCAAACGGGGAAAGAAGGAAAAUGACUCUCGCUCUUUGUUUUCAUCUACCUGUCUCACGUUGGCGGCAUCGUUUUAUUCCUUCUACAUUAUGUUUUGUUCAAUGCGCCAACCCGGUGACUAAAUAGACGCUUUGGUUACUUUGCUAAAACCUCAGCGGAUGCUUUUUUCCCCACCAAGCCCGGCGUCGGCCCCUGAAAGGCGGCUCCGUUGCUCCAGCGGCUUGUAAUACUCACAUCUGCCGACGUCUGGCCGUCCCCGAGAGCAGCCGGGCUUUUUAGAGGGCUUGUGGUGGGGGGAGGCCUCCCUCUUGGGGCAAGCGAGGCGAAGCAGCCGCUCGGCGGGUUCCGACAACAGGGGAGGCCGGGGAAAGGUCGCUCAGGUGCGGCUCGAGGCCGGGGCUGAAAGGAGCCGCCUGCGAGGAACCCUCCGGUCCGUCACUCCCCUCCCGGAGCUGCCCCGGGGCUCCCCCCACCCCGCGCUCCGCCUCGCUCGCUCGCCCGCCCGCCCGCCCGCCCGCCGCGGAGACGCAGCUCCAAGGACGCCGCCGCCGCCGCCGCCUCCUUCCCGAGCGGUCGAGCCAGCAGGUCGCGAGCCGCCGGCGUGCAGUUGCGCGAGGAGCCGCCGCGCCGGGCCGGCCGUUUGCGCCGAGGACGAUGCCGGGCUGGCGGGGCGCAGCCCUCCGCAGCCCCGCUGCCUAAGCCCAGUGCCGGCUUGCGCUCGGCGAAGCGCCCUCCUGAGCGGCGGCGGCGGUGGUGGGCGGUGGGCGAUGGGGCGGUCCGUCUCGGCGGCCGGCCAGGGCGGGUAGCUGGGCGGCGUUGGGUGGCCCUCCCUGGGCCCGCGGGGCCCCGCCAAGAUGGCAGACCUGGAGGCGGUGUUGGCGGACGUCAGCUACCUCAUGGCCAUGGAGAAGAGCCGCAGCUCCCCCGCGGCCCGCGCCAGCAAGAAGCUCGCCCUGCCGGAGCCCAGCAUCCGCAGCGUCAUGCAGAAGUAUUUGGAGGAGAGGGGAGAGCUGACCUUUGACAAGGUCUUCAAUCAGAAGAUCGGAUUCCUGUUGUUCAGAGACUUUUGCCAGAGUGACAUCGAUGAAGGCAUUCCGCAGCUGAAGUUUUACGAAGAGAUCAAAGAGUACGAGAAACUGGACUCCGAGGAGGAUCGCCUUGUCAGGAGCCGCCAAAUCUACGACACCUUCAUCAUGAAGGAGCUGCUGUCCUGCUCACACCCCUUUUCAAAACAAGCCGUCAGCCACGUGCAGACCCGCCUGGCCAAGAAGCAGGUCCCGAUAACCCUUUUCCAGCCCUACUUAGAAGAAAUCUGUGACAGCUUGCGAGGAAGCAUCUUCCAGCUGUUUCUGGAAAGUGAUAAGUUUACAAGAUAUUGCCAGUGGAAAAAUGUAGAGCUGAACAUUCACCUGACCAUGAAUGACUUCAGUGUCCAUCGGAUUAUCGGGAGAGGCGGCUUUGGAGAAGUCUACGGCUGCCGUAAAGCGGACACAGGGAAAAUGUACGCCAUGAAAUGUUUGGAUAAGAAACGGAUCAAGAUGAAGCAGGGGGAAACCUUGGCCUUGAAUGAGCGCAUCAUGCUCUCCCUCGUCAGCACCGGGGACUGUCCUUUCAUUGUGUGCAUGACGUACGCCUUCCACACCCCCGACAAGCUGUGCUUCAUUCUGGACUUGAUGAAUGGUGGAGACCUGCACUACCACCUCUCCCAGCAUGGGGUCUUUUCGGAAAAGGAAAUGCGCUUCUAUGCCACCGAGAUCAUCCUUGGGCUGGAACACAUGCAUAGCCGCUCCGUGGUCUACCGGGACCUGAAGCCAGCAAACAUCCUUCUGGAUGAACAUGGCCACGUGCGAAUCUCCGACCUGGGCCUGGCUUGUGAUUUCUCCAAGAAGAAGCCCCACGCCAGUGUUGGAACUCAUGGCUACAUGGCGCCAGAGGUGCUGCAGAAGGGAACAGCCUACGACAGCACGGCUGACUGGUUCUCCCUGGGCUGUAUGCUGUUUAAGCUUCUCAGAGGGCACAGCCCUUUCAGACAACACAAAACCAAAGACAAGCACGAGAUCGACCGCAUGACGCUCACCAUGAAUGUGGAGCUGCCAGAUUCCUUUUCCCCCGAACUCAAGUCUCUCCUGGAGGGGCUUCUCCAGCGGGACAUCACGAAGCGGCUCGGCUGCCAAGGUGGUGGGGCCCAAGAGGUCAAGACUCAUCCUUUCUUUCAAGGAAUUGACUGGCAGCACGUUUACCUGCAAAAGUACUCCCCGCCUCUGAUCCCUCCCAGGGGAGAAGUCAACGCAGCAGAUGCUUUCGACAUUGGCUCCUUCGAUGAAGAGGACACAAAGGGAAUCAAGCUGCUGGAUUGCGACCAAGAGCUCUACAAGAACUUUCCCCUGGUGAUUUCCGAGCGCUGGCAGCAGGAAGUGGCUGAAACCGUGUUUGAGGCGGUGAACGCCGACACAGACAAGGUGGAGCUGCGGAAGCGAGCGAAGAACAAGCAGCUGGGCCAUGAGGAAGAUUACGCUCUGGGGAAGGACUGCAUUAUGCACGGCUACAUGCUGAAACUGGGGAACCCCUUCCUGACGCAGUGGCAGCGCCGCUACUUCUACCUCUUCCCCAACCGGCUGGAAUGGCGAGCAGAAGGAGAGUCCCGGCAAAACCUGCUGACGAUGGAACAGUUCCUGUCGGUGGAGGAAACGCAGGUCAAGGAUAAAAGGUGCAUCCUGCUCCGAAUUAAAGGAGGGAAGCAGUUUGUCCUGCAAUGCGAGAGUGACCCCGAGUUCGUGCAGUGGAAGAAAGAGCUGACGGACGCCUUCAUGGAGGCCCAGAAGCUGCUGCGAAGGGCCCCCAAGUUCCUGAACAAGUCCCGUUCUGCGGGGGUGGAGCUCACCAAGCCCCCCCUGAGCCAUAGGAACAGCAAUGGCCUGUAGCGGCUGGUGGGGAGGAGACCGGCUGGUGAGCCCUGCUGCCCCAGAGCCGGGUCCUGCCAAGGGCAGGCAGGGGCCGGGCAGGGAGAAGCGCAAGGGGCAUGCGCUCUGCCAGGCGAUGUGGCCAAAGGGAGAUGCUGCUGUCCGGCCUGGAGGAGCCCAGCCGUCCGGUCCUGGCAUCCGGGACGGCUCCCGCCUGCUUCGUGUUCCGGCCUGGGCCAGGGAUGGCGCUCUGGACCUUUGGGGCACAGUGGUGCUUCCCUGGCUGCAUCCACUUGGCCGAAGAGACCUCUGGGCCUCACUGGGGCUCUUCACACACGCUGACCAACUGAACUCGACAUGUUUUGUGUGGCUUCCAGUUUUGUGCUGCUGCUGCUGCUGCUGCUGCUGCUGCUUCUUUUCGGCAAAAGUGACUCUGGACUCUCGUCCCGUCUCCCUCGCCAGCUGCCCUGCCCAUCCUGCCAGUGUCUGCCGUGGGCUUUGCUCCUCUGACCUUGGCCUGGACUGGUGCAAGUAGAAGUAGAAGCUGGGGAGAUACAGUGAUUGUGCUGCACUUGUAUGUGUGUGUUUGUUUGUCUGCCUGUCUUCCUCUUCUCACACAACGGUUGCCAGGGAGAGCCACAGGAUGAAUGCUACUGUGACUUUCCUGACUUGGUGGCACUUUUAAAAAAACACUUUAAACAAAUCCAGUAACUAGACGUGGAGCAUGUAAACACUGGAAUUAGCCUGCAGGCAACUGGGUGGCCUGGCUCAGCUCUCCGGCGGUUUCCGGGUCUGUCCUCCUGGUGCAUCCGUCCCCUCGUGGUUUGGUCUUGGGAGCCUGGGGUCUAUUAAGGAAGGGGCUCAGAGCAGCUUGCAUUGGCAGUCUGUGGCGCCUGUGAAGCUGGAGCCCAAGGACUUUUUCUCCCCUUGGGAAGACAAACCUGGAACUCCCUUCAGCAGAGCGCAGUUGAUAGCUGGGUACGACUAGCUGCUAGCUCGGAAACGUGGUUCUUGUUUGGCGGCGAUUGUGAAAGUUUUAAAAAAGCUGUUCUUGCAGAGAGACCCCAAACUCUACAGUUGCCACAUGGUUUGAGGGUGAAUUGCCAUGCCAGCUCUCAUCCCCCUCCGCACACACACCCUCCACUCUUGCUCGGGUUUAGUGGACCUUUGAAGUUCGAAAUUCCUCUUUAUACUAGAUGGGGUUGGAAAAUGCUUUCCAGGGGCCUCUGCAGCACCCCUAUUGCAUGUGUGCAUCUACUGGCCCUGAGUAACAGAGCCACCAGCCUCCCCUGCUCUUCUGUGUCCUGGAGGG